AUGGCGGCGGCGCUGAGGCUGCUGGCGCUGGGCUCGCUGGCCGCGCUGCUCGGCUGGGGCGGCCCCGGCGUCGGCGGGCAGAAGAGGAAAGAGAUGGUGCUUUCAGAAAAAGUGAGCCAGUUGAUGGAAUGGGCUAGCAAAAGAUCAGUCAUUCGACUGAAUGGUGACAAAUUCCGUCGUCUUGUAAAGGCACCUCCAAGAAAUUACUCCGUGGUGGUUAUGUUUACUGCUCUUCAGCCUCACAGACAAUGUGUUGUGUGCAAGCAAGCUGACGAGGAAUACCAGAUCCUGGCAAACUCCUGGCGAUACUCGAAUGCAUUCACCAACAGGAUCUUUUUUGCCAUGGUGGAUUUUGAUGAAGGGUCUGAUGUAUUUCAAAUGCUCAACAUGAAUUCUGCUCCAACUUUCAUCAAUUUCCCACCGAAAGGGAAACCCAAAAGAGGGGACACUUAUGAACUACAAGUACGAGGUUUUGCCGCUGAACAGCUUGCCCGCUGGGUAGCUGACAGGACCGACGUCAAUAUCCGAGUGAUUAGGCCUCCGAGCUACGCUGGGCCAUUGAUGUUGGGGCUGCUGCUGGCUGUCAUUGGUGGCCUUGUGUACUUAAGAAGAAGCAACCUGGACUUUCUUUACAACAAAACCGGCUGGGCUUUUGCCGCUCUGUGCUUUGUACUAGCAAUGACAUCGGGACAAAUGUGGAAUCACAUCAGGGGGCCUCCGUAUGCUCACAAGAAUCCUCAUACUGGCCAAGUGAGCUACAUCCACGGAAGCAGUCAGGCCCAGUUCGUGGCGGAAACACACAUCGUGCUGCUGUUUAAUGCGGGCGUGACCCUUGGCAUCGUCCUCCUACAUGAAGCAGCCACUGCCGACCUGGAUGUGGGGAAGAGGAAGAUCAUGUGUGUGGCAGGAAUCGGUCUAGUGGUUCUGUUCUUCAGCUGGCUGCUCUCAAUAUUUAGAUCGAAAUACCAUGGCUAUCCAUACAGCUUCCUGAUGAGUUAAAGAAGAUCCCAGCUCUGCUGUUCACAGGGAGUGGCACAUAGGCAUUCAGUACGUGGAUCAUGCUACCUCUAUUUGAAAGGAAUGGAAUUGUUGCACACCAAGCCAAAGAUGUCGAGUGCCUUGACCAGGCAAACUAUUUGCCCUAAAAUUCCCAGGAGGCAUUGCAACGUAUUUACACCCUCUGUUUACUUUAAGCCUCGGGGAAUUUGGAAUGUUGGUUUCGUGUUUCUAAUCAGUUUUUUUUUUUUUUUAAUCUACACAUGAAUUUUCCGGCCACCCUCCAACAAGCCUCCACAGGCCCCCGCUAGAACUUCUGGGUUGUGCACAAAGCGCCGGUACCUCUGCAGCACCAGGCAUCACAGGGCCUUUUAAAUGCUCCCCUGCAGUUCCAGAGCAGCUCAUUUGAGGGUGCAGAGGGCUGCCUGGAGAAGAGGAAAGAACAUGUUGCAAACCCGACACGGUGCUUACGGGGUGUCCUCGCAUCCCUUUGGUCCACGGCUUCAGUUGUUAAAACAGCCCGAUGUGGCCAUGUUUCCAGCAUCUGCGGGGGUGUAUUCUUCAGGCAGGUUUUCUUUGCUCCGCUGCAAGGGGCUCUUUUUUCAGACCCGGGCAGCCUGCCCCUCCCCAGGAGGGAAGGUGGUCAAAUUCUAAACGUCCCAAUUGAGUUGCGAGGCUUUCACCCAGAUUUUUGGCGGAUGCUAAUAUACAAAGCCAGCAGGAGGCUUUGGGAAGGAGAAGCGUUGGGCCUGAGCUGCCUCUGCUUAAGCCAGGAGUGCGCGGCCCUUUCUGUCCCACAUCAGGUGUCUGCUGUGAUGGAAGAGGGAGCUCACGCACAUGGGUGUCUCCUUGCAUACCGCUCUCCCGCAUAGGGACCUCUCCCUCUUGUUCACUCUCACACAACCUUCUGUCCCAAACCACAGCUAAGAUCUUGCUCUUGCAACAGUGUUGGGGUACCUCAACCCCCCCCCCCCCAAUCCCAGCCACUCCAGUACAAUCGCAACAGUCAAAAUGCUCUAGGGGAAUGUUGAGCAGGAAGCUCAGAGCCUUCCCAGGACUGUUUGCAUUUCGCCAUGUAUGCUGGGGUUCAGGGCCAACUGGAGCCCCCAGGCUGUAUUUUUCGCAUUUGAUUUAGCCGAAUGUACAAGGAUGGCUUCAGUUAGAUUUUUGUCAUGUCAGCACGGGGAUAUCCUUGAAUAAUGCUGGUACUUUAUGUUGGCAUUCACUGGAUAACUUGCUCAAAAGAGUGCUUCCCAUGUACUGUACCAUUCCUCUUCCUGCACAGCUUGCAGUAUCUGAUGUUUAAAAAAUCUGUUGUGAUCUUCUCCCUAUUAAGGAACUUCCUUUAUAGGGUGGCUUUGAAAAAUGGAUUGCCCCGUUCUCUGGUACUCGUGUUUCACGUGUGCCUGCCAAACAAGGUGGGUGUAUUUGUGCCGAUGGCCUGUGGCGAGGUUGGACGGACGGGUCGGGCCUCCACAUCCCCGGAACAAGCAGCGGGUGCUGUUAAAGCUGUUUGCAUUGCUAGCUUGUUAGGAGGUGACUCGCAGUCGAAACCCACUAUCCUGGGUGCUGGCGUGAGGGGGUGGGGUGGGGUUGCCCUUCACAGGACCCUCCUGUGCAUUGGGGACUCAGACUCAAAGGUCUGUCCAUCCGUGGCAACUUGCCUCUGGGGGAGGAUUGUCAUUGCUGGGGUGGAGCAGCUCAUCCCAAAACGGAAUGUCUCCCUCUUGGAAUCCAGUCAAGCAUCAGGCGAACCAGUGCCCUACAACUGUGUGACGUCGUCCUACCCAGACCUCUAAAUGCAGAAGGAAUAUGUGGAAUGGGAAAGAGGAGAGAGUAAACUUAUCGAGGCGGUGGCCUUUUUUAGCUUCUGAUUUGUCAGGCAAGAAUUCUGUGCCUUUGGAGUUGAAGUUGUCCCCCUUGCCUCACUCUCCAGGAGGGUGGGGGCUUUGCUUGGCUUUGCUAAAUCAUUUGGGAACCUGCUAGUGAGGAACUCGAGCUGAUUGGCUUAAUGACGCUACAAGGCAGACGGACACGGGAUGUGAUCUGGCUCUACAGCAGAAGAGAAAUGCUGCUGCUGGCGAGUGAGGAAAGGGGAAGGCAAGGAAAUAAUGUUUCUCCUGGAAAUUGAUGCGUGACAGCUGCUGCUGUACUCACCUAAGUAGUUUUAUGCAAGUUUGCUAUAUUUAAUUACAUUUCAAGUGCCUUAACAUCCUUAGUCUAUUUUUUGGUAUUGAUGCAACAAAUAUUUUUAAAAAGGCAUUUUUCUAUUGUAGCAUGGAUAUUGAAAUAACUACUGUGGAUUUUGAACAGUUUUCAAUAAAUACUUUAGAAGCUGGA